AUGAUGUCGAAACAAUCGAUUGAUUUAAGCCAAGCCAAACUAUUGAACAAUAAUAGGAAUGUUAUUAAGAACAAACGGAAGAAGAAAAGAAAAUGUGUAUGUUGUUCGAGGAUAUUACGUCCUGACGAAUCUUUGGAAAAAAUCGUCGCUAAUGAGAGAAUGAUAUUCCUAUCAUCGGUUCACCCUCCAGUCAUCCUUGGUCACAAAAACUGCAUUCAAUCUCCGACGACUACACCCAAGCACAAGGGAUUUUUGUCAGACAUGGAAAGUUAUAGUACAAAGUGGACACCUGGUGCUGUAACUAAAUAUGUGGCCGUAUUGAUGGAGCAAACAAAAGCAGGAACUCUUGGACCAUUACCUGGGAGGAUAAGAAAUAAUAGGAGAAUACUAGAUUAG